UUGCCAUCUUGAGUGUGCAGUUAAAGGGUCCGUUUUUUAUUGUUGUUUUGUUUUUUUAAAAGCAGCAAGAGGAGGAUGUGGCGCUGGUCUUUGCCCCUGCUGGCGCCUCUCAGCUGCAGUAGAUAAAGGAUGAUCCAGGAAGGCCAUAAUUAGCGGCGAUGGAGCAGAGCUCGUGCACGGAGGACCGUAUCCAGCACAGUCUCGAGCGCUGCCUCUGUCACCUGGGAGUCAACUCCCCCGACAAGAAGCUCUGGGACGCUGGACUGUGCAUAAGCCGCUGGUGUUUGGAGGAACUUGUGAAGCGACAUCCCCACAACUUCCUCAUCCUCCUGCAGAAAAUACUGCAAAAAACAAAGAAGGUUCUGGAGGAGUGCCAGUAUGAACUGGUGGUUCCCCUGACUCUCCUGUUCUCUGCUGCUCUUCUCAAAAGCCCAUACUUGGGCGCAGGAUGCGGCGUUCUCCAAGAGGCCUACCUGCUGUUCCACCAGUUCCUGGCCUGGCCCGAGCCCUGCAGCUCCGCCAGCAGGCGUUUGCUUGUCGUCAUCGAGCAGGAGAUUCGAGCUCCAGGUAUUUCAUUUCAGCGACUGGUAAGGACAGAGCAGGCUAUUUCCCCUGAUGUUAACUGCUCUAAAACCUUAGUGGUCCUGUUGGUGAGUCCAGAUGCUGACGCCCCCCAGGAGGUCCAGCUGACCUCUGAGCACCUCAGUGCCAUGCAUCACUCCAGCAGGAACAUCAUAACGACUCUUAUCCUUCAUAGCUUCCAGGCUGCUUUCGGUACCAAACUGGACCUGCGGGUUCUCCACGCAGCCCUGCAGGAGAAAGAGCUGUACGAGCUGGAGCAGCUUUAUGAGACGAUAACUGGCAGCAUGGAGACGGCAACCUCUGUGGCGGAUCACACGGCUGCCAGGGAGGGACUUCACCGCAUCUUGGAGAAGCUCAGAGACAGUCUCUCUGUCCCUUCUGCUGACGGUUGCUUAGAGACUGGGUCUUUAGAGAUUCUAACGCUGCCCUACCCUAAAUGCCACACAUGUUUGUGGGAUGACGACAAUUUUGAUGUACUAAAAGACCUGCUUUCAGUAGACUCUGACCUGGAUUCCCCUCCAGAAAGUUUCCCCAAAAUAGACGAGGAUGACAAUUUUGACACUAGCAUCGACGAUGAAGACGAGCAGGACUCCUCGAGCAAACGAGACGAUCAGUUUCAAAGCCAUCGGAUCUCCACCGCCUCAUCUUCCUCAAGGGACUCUACCUUCUCGGGGUACUCUCUCUCCUCCAGCUGGUCCGUGCCGUCUGCUUCAUCGGGAGUAGAAAGCGACUUCAGCGAGGACACGGCUCACGAGGACACCGAGGAAGGGCAAGGCAGCCAUCUGAAAGUCAGAAAGAAACCCAAGAAAAAGUCCAAAUCCCUCUUGGGAUUGGAGCGCUUCUCCUUGCUCUUCAAGACUCCGCACAGUCCGAGCGCAUCUCGCCGCGUCCGGAGCAUGGGCUACAACGGAGACAUCACCAAAGACUACCUGAUGACGGGGGCACAGCUCAAACACUCCAGGAGCCCCAUGAGACAUAUUCGUCAUCUCAAUAUGUCCACGGUCCCCGUAGAUCCUUCUGCUCCCCACAGGCACAUCUGUGUCCGCAGAAGGCCGAUUCUGAGCUGCGACGAGGCGAAUGAGGCGGAAGUGCUGACCGUCGUCAAGGUGGUGGCAUUCGGGGGCGACAGAGAGGCUGGGAGACUCGCUCGGGCGUACAGCGACCUGCAGCAGAAAGAGAGAAAGUGUCCCCAGCUCACAAGGACAUGCAAGCUGCAGUUUUACUUUGUUCCCACCAAGAGAAAACCUGUAAGUCCAGGAGCAGGACACAUGCCAACAGAAGGGCAGGAGUCAAAUUGCCAAGAAGUGGAGGACAGUACAACAGAUAUAGCCCAGAUGUUGGGUAUGAUGGACCCCUGGUAUGAGCGCAAUGUCUUCAGUCUGCUGAGCUUGUCCUCUGAAGUUCUCUGUGAGGCCGCUCCCAAGGAGGACGACGUCUCUGGCGCCACGGAGCAACGCCUCCCCCUGCUGGCCGACUUGGUGCUCUAUUACUGCAGACACGCCGAUCAGCCUGUUCUGGUGCAGCUCUACCAGGCUGAGGUCAGAGGUCAACCUCGCACAGAAGCACGUAUCGAACACAUCGACUCCCCUCCGCCUCCCGUCUUAAAUGUUCUGGUUCCUUCCUUUGCACAGCUGACCCUGGAAGGGGGAGAGAAGAGAAAGGAAGUGUUCAUUCAUUCCUUGGAGCUCGGACACACAGCUGGAGCCAGAGCUGUUAAAGCCAUGGGCGCUGUGAGUAAAAGGUUGGGAAUAGAUGAAGAGCGGGAGGCUGUUCCGCUCACCCUCGAUGUGGCCUACAACAAGGUGGCCAUCAGUGGAAGGAGCCAGUGGAUCCACAAAGAGGUGGUCUGCACCUCUAUCAACCUUCAGAAGACGUCCAGAGACUCCGAGCAGCUGGAUUCUAAAGAGGGCCUGCAGCUGACGAUGACAGAGGUUGUGAAGAAGCAGAGCUCCAAAUCUAAAAAGGGUUACAACCAGCAGAUCUUGAUAUCAGAAGUGAAGGUGGACAAGAUGCAAGUGACUGCUCAAGGGAAUGGGAGCACGUUUGCUGUUUGUCUGGACCAAGACAAGAAGACCUUCAUCCAAAGUGUGAAGAGGUGUGAGGUGUCGCUGUGCAGCAAACCAGGAAGCAGUUCAGAUUGGAGGUCCUACAAAACACUACCGGGCCAAAUCCAGCCCCUCCACCCGACGUUCUGCUCCCUGCUCUGCCUUCCCGUCACUGCCUUCUCCGCUGCGGGUCAGUGACCCCUGACCCCAGCUCCGUCUGACCAUCCAGGACCCAAAGAACAGGCCAAUUGGGGAAAAUCCAAGAAUAGGGGCGAAGAACAGGGUUUAACAUUUCAUUUAUUUAUUGUGCUGUUGAUAUGUCUACAUCGUAAUUUAGAAAAGAAAGAAAAUAAUUGACCGUUUUGUGUUCACACUUUGCUGUUAAAAGCUGUAUUUUUCACUGUUUUACGUCGGUAGUUUUUAAAAAAAACAAAAUACGGUGCUCUAAUGGCGUCUUGGUUGAUGCCAAAAACUGGUAAAGGUACCGUUGUAAUAUUUCCAAAGUUUUUCUACGUGUGGCAAUUUUAGUCAGAUGAAGACGUCACUAAUGUUUCCUAAUUAAUUGACUUUAAAUUUUGAUUUGAAGUCAAUAACCAAUAUAUGUGUAUGAUCAUGUAAGCUAUUUAUUUCCAUAUGAAUCUAAUCAAAGGUCGUAAUUAUAUAACUUAUAUUUGAUCAAUUCCUAAUGGCAGUGAUCGCCGUAGUAAUGUUUUGUUUUGGGGGUUUUUUUUCUCUGAAAUGACGACUUUAAUGAUGUUUAAUAACACGAAUCUGUUAUAUAUUUAUUGUGAUUUUUGUUAUAGUUUUGAUCAAGUUGAAGAGUUUAGAGGUAGUCCUUUAUAUAUCAAUCUAUCCACUCCGUGCAGUUCAAUUCAGUUCAAAACUACGUCGAUGGAAACGAAAUGCGGUGCCACCGCCAGGCUUGCUUGUUAACACUGUUCUCACUGGUGAGAAAUUCUAACCCCGGGAGAAUAUAUUUUCUGUGAUUUUGGUCGGAUAAGUAUUCAGAGUAAAAGGCAAAUAUUUAAAAAAUUGUAAGUAAAUGUCUGAGAUUAAAUUCUCAUUUAGAAAAUAAGAAUUCUGAACAUCCUGAGUGACCUAAAACUGAAAGGUUACUUUUGAUUUGACGUCAGACUAAUGGAAAAAAAUUCAUUAGCAAAUAUUUCUCCAUCUAGUUCUUGUUUUUAUGCAUCACUGAAGCUGAUUGUUAUAUAAAAAAUGGUUCAUUAAAAGCCCAGAUUUAAUAUAGUAUUUAUGCUUAUAAAGAAUAAAUUAAAACUUGCUGCCUCUACUGAGUGUCACUAAUUUUCCGACAUUCUUAGAAAACUGACUUAGUGAUAUUUUUGAAUUUUGAUUUAAAGUCAAUAACCAAUAUAUGUGUAUGAUCACGUAAGCUAUUUAUUUCCAUAUGAAUCUAAUCAAAGGUCAUAAUCAUAUAACUUAUAUUUGAUCAAUUUGUAAUUGAUUGUCAACUAAAAUAAAACCACAUUUCGUUUUCCAUCACAAAAGAUUUCUUUUUUUUAGCCUUAUGAGGACAAAAGAAAUAGACAUUUGAAUUAUUUACAAAUGUCUUUAAAUCGACAUAAAUUCAGUGAAACACAUGAAGCUGAUUGUGUUUCCAGAGCUUCAAUGUAAUCAUUCACAUCAAAACAGAUUCAUGUGUUUGAAAAAUAUGGAUCACUUUACCUCAACUUUACAAUCAUGCACUACUUUGUUUUGAUUUAUCACAUAAAAUUAAGUAUUGGGAGAAAAAUAAAAACAAAUUGUUUUAGUAGUUUUACUCUUUAUGCUGGCAUUAUCACAUAAAGUAUCUUACCCUGGACUAAUAUGUUUAAAUUACCUGAUGUAUCCUGCAUUUAUGUUCAACAUUUUGAUUUGGACUUAGAUGUGUUUUGUAAUUAUGUAGCAAUUUUUAUUUACAUUUUUAAAAUUCCUGAUUUUUCACGUAACUUUCUAUUUUGUCCGUCUGAUAACAUCAUUUUUAAAUAUGAAAUUUGAUGUUAUGAUCAGUUUCCUUUAAACCCAUACUGGACAUUCAUUUUCACACUGAAACGUUGGCGG